CUCACAUCCAUGUAGCGCUGCAUUGGCUCACCACACCGCCAAUCCAUCUCCCCAGCGCCGCGGAGGCUGGCACGCUUCCCCCCGGAUCACUCCAGGAUACCAAAAACUACUAAAUAAUGCUACCUUUUACGCAGUGACUGAAUGGGGACCUCACCGUUAACGCGCGGACACCGUAAAACCGUCUUUCCCAGUCCACGGCAGGAGCAGGCUACACUCCGAGCGGCGUGUUGAGUUCUCCCGGUGUCCCCGCGCAGCCUCCCCAUGCCUCCCUCUCCUCUGGACGACAGGAUUGUGGUGGCGCUGCCCAGGCCGAGCCGACCUCAGGAGCUAACUCUGUCCCUGGACUCCAGUUACCUGGACACCUUCAGCAGCGCUGAGCACACGGUCAUCAGCACCACAGUGGUGACCAUCCGGGCCACGUAUAUGCCCUCUUCCAAGGGCUCCACGCGCUCUCUGUCGUGUGGAUGUAGCAGUGCCAGCUGCUGCUCUGUCACCACCUAUGAGCGGGACAGUCCCAGUCUGAGCCACAGCAGCCCCAACCUCUCGUACGCUGGGACCCCCAGCCCUCAGCUGCCCCCACUCCGGAGCCAUGAGGCCCGCAGUGUGCCCAGCCUGGCCUCAGGGCUGGCCCCCAGCACUCCCAAGGCCCUGCCCAGGGCUCUGCCCACAGCCCUGCCCAAGCUGCUGCCCUCUGUACGCCUCAUGCACCCCAACGAACUGGCAAAGAGGCUGAGCUGCUGCCCCCUGGGACAUCCUGUGGGGCCCGUCCCGGUCAUCAUCGACUGCAGGCCCUUCACGGAGUACAACAAGAGCCACAUCCGCGGAGCUGUGCACAUCAACUGCUCCGACAAGAUGAGCCGACGCAGACUGCAGCAGGGUAAGAUCACUGUGUUGGACCUGCUGUCCUGCAGAGAGGCCCAGGACUCCUUCAAAGGCCUGUUCUCCAAAGACAUCGUGGUGUAUGAUGACAGCACCAUGGACCCUCACCGCCUCAGCCCCGCCCAGCCCCUGCAUGUGGUGCUCGAGUCUCUGCGCAGGGAGGGCAAGGACCCCAUGGUUCUCAAAGGAGGCCUGAGCUGUUUCCGCAUGAGCCAUGAGGACUUGUGUGAGCACUCCCUGCACCUAGACGAUGGCCUGGACCCAUGCGCCUCCUCUUCGGGCCUGACAGGGGCGCUACCUCACUCCCUGCCCCUGGCCCUGCCCUCAACGCCAGAGAUCGAGAAUGCCGAGCUCACCCCGAUCCUGCCCUCCCUGUACCUGGGCAACGAGCAGGAUGCCCAGGACCUGCGGCUGCUCCAGAGGCUAAACGUGGGCUACAUCCUGAACGUGACCACACACCUGCCCCUGUACCAUUAUGACACUGGGCUGUUCGUCUACAAGCGCCUGCCGGCCACCGACAGCAACAAGCAGAACCUGCGCCAGUACUUCGAGGAGGCCUUCGAGUUCAUAGAAGAAGCCCAGCAGGCAGGCAUGGGCCUGCUGAUCCACUGCCAGGCGGGCGUGUCGCGGUCGGCCACCAUCGUCAUUGCCUACCUGAUGAAGCACACCUGGAUGACCAUGACGGACGCCUACAAGUACGUCAAGACGCGCCGGCCCAUCAUCUCGCCCAACCUCAACUUCAUGGGCCAACUGCUGGAGUUCGAAGAGGACCUCAACAAUGGCAUCACACCGCGGAUCCUAGCGCCAAAGCUAAUGGGCGUUGAGACGAUUGUUUAAAAAUGAGGUUGCGUUCAUGUGGUAGAAGUUUGAAAAUGUUAGAUGGAGGGCAAAAGUCAGAAUUAGUGUGUGGGUGUGUUUUGAAAUAAAUAUCCCAAACAAAAAUCAACUGUAGCGUAAUAUUUUUCCACGGCCUACAAUCACAUCUGUGCACUUUUGGGUGCUGUAGGGCAAUGCAUUUAAAGUUGUAUAAUGUAACUUUUCUGAUGAAGGAUCCACCACAUGCUUAUUUCCGUGAAGAUAUUAUUCCCUUGCCAGAAGUGUUCCACAGUUUUUUAGUUAAACUUCUCUAUCUCCAUGGAGAUCAGGCCAGAUCUGUGGAGAGGUGACCCUGCUCACAAUGUGGUGUGCAUGUUUUUUCAAGGUGUUUUUAAACAAUGGAAACACUACAUGAAUAAAUGCAACAUUUAGUGCCAUACUGUGAAACAUUGCAGGUCAGUCAAUAAUGUUACAUCCAUGGAGACAAGUAGAUGACGGACCCCCAGCAGAAAAAUUACAUAGUGCACCUUUAAGUUGGAAAAAUACAUUUAAAUUAGUUGUUUUUUGUUUCAUGUACAGUAGCCCUAAAAAAUAAAGAGUUUUUAACCAUAAACCAUUAACAUUUUGAUCAGAAUUCUUAGCUUCAAAAAUUAGGUCCUUAGAAUGUUACAAGAUCACGUGAACGCAACCUACUAAGUUUAAAAUGCCCAAAACAAAAAAUAGUCACUUUCAAGACUUUGCAGAUAACCCAAAGGAGGACGAAGUGGCUCAAGAAAAUGGAGGAAAAAAACAUUUGCCAAAAGAUUUCCAAUUUCAAAGGGCAAUUACACUGACACAAAAAACUCUGGACUCUGGAGAGUCAGACUAGGGGCGGCCACGGCAGUGCCUGUCUAAAAAACAAAAAAUAUAUACGAGUACUUAAUAUUUGACGUGUGUAUGUUGCUCUAUUUUUAUACAGGGGUCUAUGGGGUUGACCAGCCCGAAUUGUGGCUUUUACUGUGCAAUAAUUUUAAAAGAGUGGAAUGCAACAUUUAUCUGUAUAUAUUGGUAACAUUUACAGAACAUGGCCGGCGCUUUGCUGGUGACAUGUAUGGUUGUUGGAGUUGUUUUGGGGCUAAUGGGUGAGGUAAAGGCUGCCUUCAUAACUUGCAUUUAAAUCUGUUUUCAUGAUUUUGUUUAAUUCUAAAAGCGGAUUUUGAAUCAUCAACUUUCUGGUUAGCCACUGCUCUUAUCUGGCUGCACGUAGCAUUAAAGUUUGGGUUAAAUACAAAACACAGAAGACGAUUUUCCCUCCACUGACAAUAAUAGACAAUACAUUUCCUUUACUUUCUGGAUUAAUUUGAAUAAAAAUGCUAAAAUAUUUAAUUACUAGGUUUAAAUGCAAGCUUGAAGGCGUCUCACUGUUUUAUUCAUAUUGGAAAACACUCUCUCUAGCAGCUUAUGUUUUGUCGGCCAUUUUGAUUUCUAUCAGGUUUGAUUCACAAAAUUUAGGCAACACUAUCGUUCUUACAGAUAUUAUAAACAUAUUUUAGCAAUAGCCCAUAUACAGUGAAUAUAUAACCAGAGAGCCAUACAAGCUUUCAUAUGCAUGGCUAUUAGCAAAAGUUGGCUACAUAUUUUGAAUUUGAAUUAUAAAUAUUUUGAACAGGGCUAUCAACUCUUUAUUCAUUUGUUUUCAUGGAGUAUAAAAAUAUUUAAUUUUGGCCAAUUCAUUUGAUACUUCCUCACAAAAACAUGCAAAAAGACAAAUUGCAACGCUAUCUAUUUAUUAGCUCAAUGCCUUUAGUAUGCUAAUGCUAAGUAAUUUCUAAUGGGCGUAAUGCUAUGUAAUUUCUACCAAACAAUUAUCUUAUAGGAGUAGCUUAAACUUUGGACAAAAAGUUAACCACGGUAGUCAAGUAAAACUGUCAUAUUUUUUACAUUGUCAACAAAAUUUCCCCAAGUUUUUUUUCCCAACUGGUCAUUAUUAUUAUUAUAUUGUAUUUUUCUUGUAUUUGGUGCUGCCACAUGCUGUUAGUGCCUCUAUCCAGCUCUCUGAAUUCUAUGGCACUAUUGAGUCAUUCUACAGAUAGCGACCGUGACUAACCCUGAGUAGAAUGCAGAAAUUAAAGAGCAUUUAAUGUAGCCGCGCGGUUAGUAAGUGAUUUGCUGAGCUAGCAUGGGAAGCUGCCAGAAAGCCCGGAGGUACAGUGUCCAUUAUGUAACGCUGGUCCCGUGGUGCGUUUGAAGCUAGACCGAGAAUUACAAAUCAACUUAGUUAUAGUCCAGAAGAUAUGCACUAAUGUUUUGACAUGCCAUUAAAAUGUAACACAGGUCCAAGAAGUAAGUGGUAAAAUAAUAAAGGCUUUAUCUUAAGCUAAAUCAUAGUUUUUAAGAUUGACCACAAGAUUUUGUUUAAUUUUGAGUAAUCCUGGUCUCCUUCUGAAAGAUAGAAGUUAAACAGUGUCUAUGUAAGCGAUUGACUCAAAAUCAAAAUUCAAAACAUGAUUUGUUCUCCCUUCACUACAAAACACCGUUGACAAUAGCCUUGCUGCUAAUUUGUAGUUUCAAAAGGCUUCACUCCUAACUGUUACCAGCAGAGGGCAUCAGCCAUCUAAUGCUGGUGCUGAUUAACAAUAUACUUCAUAUAUAUGUAUUCAGUACAUUUUAAUUUACAAAAUAGUGAUAUAGGCUACUAAUUUAAAGGCGCUGUGCCCAAUUUUAUUUUUAUUUUUUCAUUUAAUUAAGUAAAAUGCGUCUUGCCCCAGUACAGAUAUACUGUAAAAGCAGCUCUUCAAAAUAAGACGGCUGUGUACUGUCUCCAUCUAAUUACAAAGUGUUUUUAUUGGCUGGUUCAUUGUUAGCAUGCUAGUUGUUGUUAACAUUACCACAACGGCAAAACUCCACUCUCGCCUCUGAAAGUUGUGAAAAGCAGUGAAUAAUUAGGAUGCUAGGAAGGCGUUAGUAAAGUGAGGAAUAAGUUUGGCCCGAUGCAAACUAUUUAAAAUGUUUUCACAUAUUUUUUUGGUUUAAAAAUCAAAUACAGAACCUUUAAUGCCUCCCAGAAAUGCAAAACAUGGGAGCUUUAAACACAGGCUGACCCUAAAAUGUGUACUUUAUUUAAAUCCAUUCAGUGCAAAUCCUCGCUAUGCAAUUACAAUAUAGCAGGCUCUUUUCUUGAUACCAUGUGACUGUUUUGUUAUAGAAGAAUGACUUUGCAGUUUGCUCUUUGAAUUUUAAAGUGCUAAUGUUUAGUGUUUAGUUCUUGCUGUUUAUCUUGCUGUCUCACCUGGUGCUCCACAAUAUUCAUGCACAUUUGUAGCUUGUGAUUAAUAUUCGUUCGGUGACAAAGACAGAAAAGAAGCUAUGUUUUAAAAGAAGAUAUUGUGUGUGGUCAGUGGGUUUCUAUGUAAAGGUCUAACCAUGUUGUCUUGUAUAGGGCUGGAAGCAAGUUUUGUGUGCUUUUGGCCUAUGAGGGUCACUGGCUAUGGCCGGCUGACUGCUUGGGCUAUUACUGCUGUGAAAUAUUUGGGGAUUUGUGUUUAGACUUUGAGCAAAAAACAUGACAAAUGUUUUCAGAGAUCAUAAAAAAGCUGAUGCAUAUUCAGCUGUAAAAGUUUUGCUCUAACUUUUGACUUACAGGCUCUUUUACCACCAACAGAAACAAUGCCAAAUGAACCGUGGACAGAAAUAAAAUGAUCUAUGUUAAAUUCAAACUGUCAAAGCUAUAAGAAAAGAUAUAGGAAGAGAUAAAAUACAAUAUUGCCCUUAAUAAAUCAAUGCGGUAAACUAAAAUAAAAUAAAAUCGAAUUAUUGUAAUGCAUUAGCUAUUGGGUACAAACACACCAAGGACUAGGAAUAAAACCAGAGAUUUGCCAUUUGGAUUGGUUGGUUUAUAGCCUGUAAGUGUUAACUUUGGGCUAUAACUUAACAAUAGCUAAAAUCAGUAUGCAGAACUUGUUUUGUGCUCAUCAUUAUUAGCUUAUCGAUAUUAGUUUACUUUUUUAUCAUGCUAAACAUGCACAAUUCUCAUAAUGGGUUUCUGCAGUAACAGCCCACAGUGCCGAGGUGAAAGUAACACAGUAAGCAUAUAUUCUAUUUUCUUUGUAUGCAUAUAAUAUUGUUGACUAUUUUUGCACUGACUAUAUGGACAAAAGGAUUUAUUUUUUCCACAAAAGGUGCUAUUAUAUCGGAGGCCUUCUCCCACACCUUUUUGCAUGAACGCUGAAAAGAGAACCCUCAAAAGGACUGGGGUCUCUCUCCUACAACUACUUCUACUUCUACUCCUCCAAAUGUUGCCAAAACGAAGCACUGUACUUUUGUAACUUCAACUUGUGAGCUUUGAAAUAAACAAGCUUCAAGUUUG